CCUGCCUCGUUCCGAUCGCGUAUAUACCGUAUGUAAUAUAACCUCCUCUCCUGGGCACAACCGUCGUUGUUGUUGCCUUUUAAUACACACACACACAGGUACAUUCUCCUCUCUCUCUACUACUACUAUCUCUCUUUCUAUUCUCUUUCUGCAGUCUCCGUGUAUUAUACCGUGUGUGUGUGCGUCGUCGACGGCUUUCCGCGCGCGGACGGCUACUACUAUUGCCCGUACUGCGUGUGUGCGAGAGAAGACGACACCGUGUAGUCGCGGGGACCGCCACCUCCAGUGUACAUCAGUGCCGCGAACACAAAACUCGUCGUACAUCAUUUAUUGUCGCGAGCACGUUUAUUUAUUUUGUUUUUUCCUCGAUUCCUCGAAAAGAAAAGUGAAACUCACGUUGAUAAGUUGCGAGAGAGCCGGACGACUGAUUCUACUUGCCUUCCAAUUUUAAAUUCGAAUUUAUAAUAUAUUAUAUGAAGUUUUUAACGUAACGUGCGCGGGUUUCGAACGGAAGAUCGAUUUCGAAAACGCAGAAGAGGUGCGUGCAUGUAAAUCGUUGAAGAUUGUGUUGUGCUUCGAUUUUUUGAAAAAUAAAAGAAAUGCGUUGAUAGAAACGCACAAGUGCUCUUGUGACAAAAUUCAUCGAAAGAAGUGCAGUGCUUUGGUGGCGUACACAGCUGUCAUAUAUGAAAUUGAGCUGUUACAUAUGAAGCGAGGAAUCGUCCUAUAUGUGUGAUCGUGUGAUAAUAUAUUAAUUGCCUGGGAAUGAGAGAAAUAUAAAAAAAAAUAUAUUGUGCACGUUAUAUAGUGAACGUAAGCGACAGAAAAAGAAAGAAGCUGCAAAAAAAGUGUCUCGUUGAAAGGAGAAGAAGAAGAAUUUCGCCGUGUGUCUCUUUGCUGCAAUACAUUACACUCGCUGGCUGGGAAAAAAGUACACAUAACCGAUGCUGCGAAGAAUGUCGUCGCAGACGAUACGAUGUGACUCGGGCGCAGAGACGUCGAAGACCACGACCACGAGGUCGAGCGAGAUGGCCUAGUCGGCUCCGCCCGAAUGGAAGCGGUUCCGAAGCAGGCCAUAACAAACGUAAAAAUGCCAGGCACCCCAGCAGCGAGCGCCACCCUCGGCGGUGCUCAGAACAACCAGCAACAACCACAGCAACAGCAGCAACAAGCGCAGCAGCAGCAGGACGAGAUGCCCGACGAGCAGGAGCCCGUCGACGACGGAAUACUCUUGGCGCGGAUACACGUGCCCGAAUUGUGCGUGAGCAAGUGUCUGCAGUUCCCCAAGGAUCAGCUCGUCUGGGACGUGAAGCAACAGUGUUUGGCGUCCUUACCCAAGGUGGCUACUUGGUACAGGGAAUUGAAGGAGAGCUUCAAUUACGGCCUGUUCUAUCCGCCGGUCAAUGGGAAAGCUGGAAAAUUCUUGGAUGAAGAGCGCCGACUGGGGGAUUAUCCGUUCAAUGGACGAGUCGGUUAUCUCGAG